UUCGGCGGACCCGCAGGGAACGAACGGGAGGCGGCGCCGCGGCUCACGCUUCCUGAGAGUUACAUCUUUGAAGAAACAUGAAGUCAUAUUCUGUUGUUAUGCUUACUCUAGCCAUCCUGGUGUUCCUGACUUGGGUCCCUGUAUCACUGAGUUGUAACAAAGCACUCUGUGCUAGUGAUGUGAGCAAAUGCCUCAUUCAGGAACUGUGCCAGUGCCGACCUGGAGAGGGAAAUUGUUCUUGUUGCAAGGAGUGUAUGUUGUGUCUUGGCACCCUUUGGGAUGAGUGCUGUGACUGCGUUGGUAUGUGUAAUCCUCGAAACUAUAGUGACACACCUCCGACUUCAAAGAGUACAGUAGAGGAGCUUCAUGAACCAAUCCCAUCUCUCUUUCGGGCACUCACAGAAGGAGAUACCCAGUUGAACUGGAACAUUGUUUCCUUUCCUGUUGCAGAAGAACUCUCACAUCAUGAGAAUCUGGUUUCAUUUUUAGAAACUGUGAACCAGCCACACCACCAAAAUGUGUCUGUUCCCAGCAAUAAUGUUCAUGCACCUUACUCUAGUGACAAAGAACACAUGUGUACUGUGGUUUAUUUUGAUGACUGCAUGUCCAUACAUCAGUGUAAAAUAUCCUGUGAGUCCAUGGGGGCAUCCAAAUACCGAUGGUUCCAUAAUGCCUGCUGUGAGUGCAUUGGUCCAGAAUGUAUCGACUACGGUAGUAAGACAGUCAAAUGUAUGAACUGCAUGUUUUGAAGAAGGAAAUGAAGAUGCAAAUCAGAGCUGUCUAGUUAAAAGGAAUGAUAUGGAAAGCUAUUCAUGAGGUCUACUGCUUAGAAGCGAUGCCAACAGAUUAAGAAGGUGGAAAGCAUUUGGAGUGAGUUCUUUUGACAAACUUAUGACAAAUUUAGUAAUGUAUUAAAUUAUGAUUAUAACUGCUCUUAUUGAAUUUACUGCCUGCUAGCAAUAAGCCUUAAAAACACGGACAUCUUUGGUCAUGUAAGAUCUAAGUACGUGGAGAAUUCCUGGAAAGGGCUGAUAUUUCUAACAUAAAGUCUGAUGUCAUUUUCUUUUAGUGUUCUAAAAGCUUUGUUUUGAUAAUGUUAGGACAUGUUAGUGUAAUUUAUGAUUUCUUUAUGUGCUGCUCCCAGGACACUGAGUUUUUACAAUUAUAUGCCUUUUUUCACUGUGCCUUGUAUUGUUUAUCUAUCCUAUAAUUAAGGUAGCUAUUCAAAUAUAUCAUCCUAAGAACUCAUGUAAGUCAUUGAAAGCUUAAUUUCAAACCUUUUAUCUUGGUUUUAUAAAGUAAAUGCUUACUAUAUUUCACAACUUAAAAUUUGCAUAGUAGAAUUCAUCCUGUAGUACACAUGCUGACAAAGUUUUAGGGAAAGUUUCUCUUUUUCUUCCAGCCCAUUGCCAAAGUGCUGAUGUAAGUACUGAUGAAGAAUUGUUACUGAGAAUUUCAGGGCCUACCUGUGAGACUGGGUUAAGUACAUUGCUAUGGUACAUAAUUAGUAAGUUAAAGCAUUUCUCUGAAGAACUCUAGGAAUGGAAAUUGACUGCCAAGUCACACUCCACUUAAAGCACCAGGGGAACAAGCUUGCUCCUUCUCUGGACAUAGUGAAGCUGAAGAUGAAGUUGUAUGGGCUAGACAGGAGCAGGAGCUCGGUAGGCCCCAGCGCAGGCAGAGCCAUGUUCUCCCAUGGACUAAUGACUAGAGGGGGUGAAGAAAAGGGCUUAUCAGUAUGAACAAUGAAGGUUGAAAAUGCUGCCAAUUCCAGUGGGAAACAAACUUAAAACUACAUUGUUUUGUUGUUUUGUAUCAAGUGUUAUUAUCAAACAAGUUAUUAUUAAUCAAGUAUAAUCAUGUAGUAGAAGGCUAAAAUUAGGAAACAAAAAUAUCUGUUCAAAAUUAUGUAAACUUUAAAUAUACCACAGAUUAUUUUGUCACCUUUUUAUGUAAUGUUCAAUAAAAAUAAACUUAUGUACUAUAUGUUCUUCAUAGUAAUAAAAUUCCAAUCUUCAGUCAUGAAUCUAAAAUAUAUUUAUAUUAGAAACUAUAAGAUUAUUGAUUUCUCUAGUGCAUAUUUGAGUUACAAGUAACAUUUAGGAGUACUUAAUAUAUAAAUAUUUUAGUAUACAAAAAUAAUGAUCUUAGAUAUCUUGUAUUCAUUAUCUGAAUAGUAGUUUGUUAUAAGAUCAUAUGUAAUAUUAUGAUUAACUACCAUAAAAUUUAAAACCUUAUACUUUUUGUUCUUUCCAAUAACUAAUGAAUGCUCAAAGUAAUUUAGCCUUUUAAAAAGUUAAAAUUUAGGUCAUAGAUAUAUUUUUUUAAUAGGAAAACAUUGAGAUAAUAUUACUUUUACUUAGAAUCCCUCUUUUAAAAGUGCCUUGGAAACAUUUUAGCUGCCCUUUGUUCAUUAAUAUCUAUAAAUUUUGAAGAUUUUUUGAGCUUAAGAAAGGAAAGUUUUAAAUAAUGUCUUUCAGAUUUUGAGGAACAACAUUUUCCUAAAUUAAAAGUCUAACAUUUGGGAAAUGAGUAGCCCCACUAAAAUUUAGGCCUUCUUAGCUAUCUAAACACAAUUCACUUUUAUAUUUAAGCUCUGGUAAAGAUUCUUUUAAAAAUAAAUUAAGUUGUCACCCUGAUUAUAACUAUCUUUUAAAACACUAAAUUUUAAACCAGUAGUUAUUACAAAGCCAUAUGUAAAAGUUUCUUUCCUAUACAAGGACAUGUCCUUAGUAGCAGAUUUUACCUUCCCCAUAAAAAAUUAUUCUGAAACUGUACUCACAAUAGUGCUGCCAAGUUAAAUUAUUCUAAUAACAUACAUGUUAUAAAAGAGAGGCCUUUCAUUUAGACUAUGCUUUCUAGUGUUUCAGAAACAAAGUGAUUGAAUACUUGAAUAGUUACUUAUAAACCAAACUAGCAUCAGAAAGGAAAAAAACAAACUAAAACUUCUGAAAGAUGAUGUGAUAUAAAUAAACCAUAUAUUUAAAUUCUUUAUAGUGAAAAUCCCUUUGAAGGUUUUUUAAAAUCUUUUCUGCAUUCCCAGGAGUCUAUGUUUAUUGUAUUUUAUGUGGCCUACAACAUAUAUAAUCAUGUAUAUUAUCCUUUGGUUGUCCUGAUUAAAAAAAUUUGUUUUAAUAAAAAAUUGAAAUGAG